AUGGCAAUGGCUGUCGACAACCGCCAACAGGUCACUGGCCUGGCUUACGACCACAUGCGUUACCCCGCGCCGCAUUUCACCAACCCAUGGGUCUCAGGUCCUGCACCUCCCCAUCAGAUGUAUGCUACCUCGUUGCCUCAACCUUCGAUGGUCAGCGAUCCUGGCGCACAUCACUUGGUGGCAAGAGCCCCUAGUGUCAAUGUGUCCAUGCCCAUGCACCCAAGUGCCAUGCCGGCUCCAACUUUGGCUUCAGGUAUUGAUUCUUUGGAUGCUCUAUACGCGCAAUCCAGCUUACCAGGCCAAGAUGGUCUCAGUGCUCCCCGUCCCUAUGGUUCGACCUAUGUCACCUCUGCUCCCUCAUCCGGAGCCAUGUACGCCCCGACUUCUGCACCGUCAUAUGCCAGAGAGUACCCAAACAGUGCUGCAUACGCCUACAACCAGGACCGCCGCCUUUCGCACCCGUCAGUAGCAUCCGCAAGCUUCCUUGGAAACCCCGUGCUCGCCAACAAGCACCGCCAGAGCAGUUUAAUUGACGUCAACAGACUGAAUGCCGCUUCUACCACAGAGGCUGAGCGUAACAGCUUCAGUGAUGCUUUGGAUGCUAGCAGAGGCAUGGUCGCCAUGAGCCAAGACAUCACUCCCAGAAACAUCUAUGGAACCCAGGGUUCGAGCAGAAGCUCUUCCGACUCAUAUGGCUUCCCUUCGACACAUUCAGCCCACUCCUCAAUCUCGUCGGCUAGCACCUACCCUUCAUCCUACUAUGGCGGCUCUGUCAGCGAGGCUUCAUAUGGCGACUACAGCUCGGCAGGCGAGUCUGUUGACACAUCGUCCCGCACAUUGCCUCGUCCUACCGGCCUGUCAGACAACGUUGCUCUUCCCCCUGCACCUCAGUCCAUGAUGGGCCAAUUCAGCUCAAAGGUUUCUUCGAGCUCGCAGAAGAAGCACAAGUGCAAGAUUUGCGACAAGCGCUUCACUCGUCCCAGUUCUCUUCAGACCCACAUGUACAGCCACACUGGCGAAAAACCGUUUGCAUGUGAUGUCGAGGGAUGUGGCCGCCACUUCUCCGUCGUUUCCAACCUUAGACGUCACCGCAAGGUACACAAGGGCGAAGACUCGCAAGCCUCACCGGAUGACGAGUAA